AUGCGAGGUAUAAGCCCAUCAAAUCUCCUUCAUUUUCACUUUUUUUUUAAUUUUUAUUUUUCAGCGUUGGAACGAGGCCAUGUAAAAAGUACUGACUUUUUCCUUGUCUUCUCAGACGCAGCUGUGGCACCUUCGAGGACUUAUCGAUGUGGUUGCGGCGUCCCGCCCUGAUCCCUACACCCGCGGUUUAGGUUCGCUAUACUCCUUGGGGUUGGGUUCGGUUGGAUGAUAGAGGAGGGUGCCAAGAUGAGGGGCGGAGAGGAUGCGCCCGCUGGCCCGCCCUCCGGCGUCCGGAGAACUUUUUGGAGGUCUUCGUCAUGGUCCUCAUCACGGAUCGCCGCGCAGGACCAUUCGAAAGAUUCCACCUCCGAGGACAGCAACUCGGCCGAUGCUCCCUGCCCGCCUCCCCCCUUCACUCCAAGAUCGCAGAGCCACAAGGCCCGCUCGUGCCUCCCUCCUCUCGCCAUCGCCCGCCGGAGCUUCGACGAGUGGCCUAAGCCCGGUUCCGAUGACCUCGAGCAAUGGCCCCAUCCGCCCACCCUCGGUGCCAAGCCCGACGAGGGCUUAAAGCCGGAUCAUUCUUCGCUAAGGACCCCAGGUACGAGAGAUCAGAUCGCUUUCAAGGAGUGCUCCAAGGUCGCAGACCAUGUCUACCUCGGCGGAGACUAUGUUGCUAGGAACAGAGAAAUCCUUCGCCAGCACGGGAUUACCCAUGUCCUCAACUGUGUUGGUUUUGUUUGCCCCGAGUACUUCAAAUCAGACCUCAUCUACAAGACUCUUUGGUUGCAGGACAGCCCGUCGGAGGACAUCAUUAGUAUUCUGUAUGAUGUGUUCGAUUACUUUGAGGAUGUGCGGGAGCAAGGUGGGAGGGUGUUCGUCCAUUGCUGCCAGGGUGUUUCACGGUCGACUUCUCUGGUAAUAGCUUACCUGAUGUGGAGAGAAGGGCAGAGCUUCGAUGAUGCAUUCCGGUUUGUGAAGACGGCAAGGGGGAUCGCCAACCCCAACAUGGGCUUCGCUUGUCAAUUGCUGCAGUGCCAGAAGAGGGUCCACGCCAUCCCCCCGAGUCCCGCUCCGGUGCUGACGAUGUACCGAAUGGCUCCGCACUCACCGUACGAUCCUCUGCAUCUCGUCCCCAGGAUGUUGAACGAUCCAUCUCCUGCCGCUUUGGAUUCCCGGGGAGCAUUCAUCGUUCAUGUCCUCUCAUCCUUGUAUGUGUGGAUCGGGAACGACUGUGAACCCGCGAUGGAGGAGGAUGCAAAAGCUGCCGCCUUACAGGUGGUAAGGUACGAGCGGGUUCAGGGGCCACAUGCCACGGUUGAAGAAGGGGAGGAGCCCUCGGAAUUCUGGGAGGCCUUCUCGAGUGCACCCCCUUCGGAGGAGGAGGAGGGCAGGGAGACGAACGAGGAACGGGUUGAAUCAGCUGCUAAGAUGAUCGCCGGUGCGAGGAGAGUGGAAUCCUAUGAUGCUGACUUCGAGCUUUUCCAUGGGGCUCUCGCCGGAGGUAUCAUCCCACCGUUCUCUUGUUCGGGACAGGGGCAGGAAAACCAUCUUCCUGCAAGAGAAAGCGACUGGAGCUUAUCGAGGCCUUCUCGGCCCCCCCAAACUUGGUACAAGAUGCUCUCCUUUGUUCCAUGGGGUUGCAGAUACACUCCCCUUUGCUACAGUACCAUCAGAACAAGUUCUCCGGAGUGGAUCAUCAGGGUUGUGGUCUCUUCUGCUCUUAUCCUCUCGUAAAGCAACACCAAGUUAUUCUGUCGAGCACUAAUGGGGAAUCUCCAUUAGCAAUCAAUCCAUCCAUGGCCAAAAAAAAGGACAGGAGGCUCUUCCCCCUCAUCAACCCAGCUUUCGAAAAGCUUGGAUGCUCUGGGCCAGCAACAUUAUUCUUUGGAAUCAAUCAA